AUGGGAGCUAGUAUUGGUGAAGGAGAAAAUGGUGCAGCAAAGAUUGAUUGCGUUAUAGACGUCAUGGGAGCUAGUAUUGGUGUAGAAGAAGAUGGUGCAGCAAAGAUUGAUUGCGUUGUAGACGUCACGGGCUGUGUUGAUGAAGAAGAUAUAUAUUCGGGAUCCAUUGCUGAAUGGACUUGGAGAAGAGAACUUACAGCUACUUUGCCAACUAUCACUGAUCAUAAUACCAACAUUGCAGCAGGUAUAGCAAGAUAG